UUUUUUUAGACUUAUAGAUAAAUUUAUAAAAUAACAAAAUGAGCGGUGGUCUUGCUCCGAGUAAAAGUACUGUCUAUGCGAGUAACUUACCAUAUCAACUCACGAAUAAUGAUCUUCACCAAAUAUUCGGAAAAAUGGGAAAAGUUGUGAAAGUUACGAUUGUUCGUGAUAAAACAACACGACAGAGUAAAGGACUUGCUUUUGUUCUUUAUUUAAAACAAGAAGACGCUUUCAAAGCAACCAAAAUAAUUGACGGCAAGCAGUUAUUUGGUAGAACGAUAAAAUGCAGUUUAGCAAAAGAUAAUGGACGAGCAAAAGAAUUCAUAAGCCGGAAAGAAUACCGAGACAAAAGUAGAUGUUAUGAGUGUGGUGAAGCGUUUCAUUUAAGCUACAAAUGUCCUAAAAACAUGCUCGGAGAUCGACAACCCCCUCCCCAGAAAAAGAAACGCCCAAAACAAAAAUUUGAACCGCCAACUACAAGAAAAAAAAAAAAAUUAGAAAAAAGUUUUGACAAUGAUGAUCAAAGUAGCGAUGAUGAAAUAUAUCUUGAAAGCUCAGCUUUUGAAAGUUUGAGUCACGUUAUUGCAGAAGAAAGCGCGCAAUUUAGUGGAUACCACCAUCAAAGUUCAGUAACGAAUCCCAAAAAGAUGAAAUUUCAAAAAGAUUCGUACUUCAGUGAUGAGGAAGAGUUGACAACAUAGCAAUAUGCAACAGUCGAAGCAAUAGGGCCAACUGUGUCAUUGCAGAGUUCUCAGGGUCAAAUCCAGUGCCUCAUUCACCAAUAUUGCGAUGAUUUGGUUGGUAGUGUUAAACCAGGAAGAUCCUUUCAAAAUGUGGCUACUCCCUAUAUGGGGCAGUGCAACCUUAAAUACAAAAGGGAAGCAUACAAAUAGCUGGAUGAAACCACGUACCAGAUUUAUUUCGCGAGCCGCACACCAUACAAAAUUGGCACUUCUCCAUAGGCCACAUAAUUUUCCUUUGUGGGCCUAUUUGGCUUGUGGGCUCGGUUUGCACACCACUGCUCUGCAUUGAUGAAUAUGAAAUACAAACCAGCAGCAGUAUGCAUACAACGCCCUCAAGGAUCUAGAGCAGGGGUGCACAACACGAGGCACGCGUGCCAAAUUUGGCACGCCUUACGCUCAAACGUGGCACGCGAACCUUUUUGUAAAAAAAAAUAUUUAUGAUAUA